AGCUUUUGGCCCAACAUUGGAUUGGGCUCGGUGGCCGCGACGCACCAGCCGCAGGCCCGAUCCUGGCGAGAUUCAGGCAUGGGGCGCUGACGCGAAGAGGUCGGCAUGGCGGGCUUUGCGCUGUGGGCGCGGCAUGGCAGGGCGCUGUGCAUGAGACGGUGGAUGCAGGUCGCUCUCUUCGCCUCCUCGUUCGUGGUUUGGGUCAGGCUGACCGCGAUGUCGUCGUCGCUGAGGGUUGGCGGUGGCGACGGCGAUGACGGUGAUGAGGCCGUGGCCGAUGACGUCGUCCCCCUGGAAGCCGUGGGUGUGGGGGAGCAGCCUGCGACCCUGGAGGCUCUGCUUGAGAACCCGCAGAACGACCACUUUUAUGAGAAGCCGCAGGGCGACCACUAUUACACGGUGUGCAACGGACUCGCUGACCAGAUGCUCGGACACGCAGCACACAUUGCGCUUGCGAUCUUGCGGAAGAGGCCAGUCAUGAUCCCAGACUCGUUGGUCUUGGACAGCGCUUUCACCACGCCUGGCGGCGGCGUCUCCAGGAACGCGGUGCCAACAACGCAGAAUUCUGUCCCCCUGGUGGCAGUGUUUGACACCGGCGUGCUCCUAGAGAAGAUCGCGAAUUUCGGCAUAGAGGCACGCAUCGUCCAUUACGACGUGCGUGAUCAUGACCGGCUAGAAUGCUCGUAUGUCACAGCUCUCAAGUACGCUGAGCCUGAUGUUGUGAAGGAGUUGUUGAAGGCAAUGGUGCCAUCCAAGGGCAUGCUGGCCCUUCUCGAUAGAACCAUGUCGGCCAUGAUUGCCCUACUUCCGAAAAGAAUGGGUGAGUUUGCUCAGAGCGAACAUGUGCUCAACACAAAUACAACAGCAUCCCCGAUAAAUGGCGCUGUUUGCCUUCAUCAUCGUGAUGGCCUUGACUGGCACCGGCACUGCGAUCUGUGGGAGCGCCAAUCUAAGGCAAACGUGAACUGCAGGAGGCAGGAGCCUAUCUCGGAGUUAGUGAGGGAGCGCAUCUCGCACUUGAAGAACGCAUGGGUCUUCUAUGCCGGAGACCACGAAAUCCCAGCGGAUUUGAAAGUGUUCGACGUGCCUGUCAUUUCCCGAAAGCAGGUUUCAAUUUCCCACAGUGGGCUCAUGGACCAGCUCAUUGAGAAGAAGUUUGAGUCAAUGCCCCGUGGUGUCGGUGCUGUCUUGGAUUAUGGAAGACAUUUACUGUGUUCACAGAUGCCGGUUUUUAUCGGCAACUCUGCGUCCACAUGGAGCGCAUCCCAGAUCUUACUUCGGGACACGGUGGCCUCCUGGUACAAUUCCUUCGGCGUCCCUUUGGGGGCACUCCUCAAGGCAUACACCAUUCCGUUUGUUUACACGUACACUGAAGAGAGUUCGCCUGGUGGUAAGAUGUUAUUGAAGGUGUCGGUCCUCUCCGUGAGGAGGAGCAUGCCAGCCGCACAAAUUCACAUAUUAUAUCAUGGGAAGGGCGACGGAGAGUUCCGGGACUGGCUGGUGCAGCAUGGCGUCUUCCUCCACGAGCACCAGCCUAAGUGGCGGGGCCAUAUAGAGCGAAUGCGCCUCAACGGUAACAGAUUGGCAAGCCACUUGUAUGCCAGCUCUGGGAAUUACCUUGGCACCUGGCAGCGCAUCGACAUUCCAGAGUUUUUGUCAGUAGAGUAUUGUAUUUUGUUGGAUUCCGACGCGUUCGUCGUCCGACGUUUUACCAUCGACGAUUUGGGGACAUCGAUACCCAAAGCAUUGGCUUUCUCGUCAGAAUUAGACGAGGGGGACGGCAAGCCGAGCAACGCUGGGGUCGCAUUAAUGAACGUCCCUCAUCUCAGAAAGAGUAGGCCGAAGUUCCUCGAGUUCAUAUUAAACCACACCCACCCCGAUUUUCGCAGAGGCCCAUCUGACCAGGGUGCCUAUCUGGAGUUCUACGAUGAGGAUGUUCGAUUUCUCAGCACCCGGUUCAACAUGAAGCCAUACUAUUGGGAUCGAGAAAAUUGGGAGAACCGGUUCAUCAUCCACUAUCACGGAUUGAAGCCACAUGAGCAUAUAGAAUAUUGGUUCAGUGGCACUUGCGAGCCUCUGAAGUGUUACUUGAUCUUCAGAUUUCAAGGAUCACCCUACCAGUGUGACUCGCUGGUGGCAUUUGCAAAGGCGGCUGCCUUCGACGGCCCUGAUCUCAUCAAGCAGUAUUGCGAGAUGUCCCUGAGAAGUCACAGCGACUUGUGCAUCGACCUGCUUAACUUGAUGGCCAAUCACGAGGUCCCGGGGCAGUCGUGCACGGACUAUUGCGAGCAGGUUUUGACGCAGAAGGGAUUAAGCCCGCUAGAUUUUCCACAUAUAAAAUAAUUCAUGGUGUCCUACUCGUCUGCAUUUGCGCUGUGUCUCCAGGCGGAGGCGGAUGCGCUGAAACACGGAGGCACUCCUCUGCGCCCGCCCGCCUGCUGAAGGUAACUGUAUCUGGUGGCCUUCGGCACAGCCCGCCAACGCGCCUGGGUCGAGGAUUGGAGCAUCUACAACACUCAACAUUGAGAGUCCGGAGUGACCUGAGGACUUUCCACACAGUGCCGACGGCACGGCGGCGGAUUAGUACGGGCCAGUUCGGCCGUCAUUUUUGUGCCUCGCCGUGCCCGUCCGGGACAGAAUUUACGUCUCUCCUGGCCCUUCCCGACCCAAGGCUAGCACUCCUCAGCGUGUGCGCCUCAUUUUGGCUCGGGCGAGCGCGAAUCACGAAUCUGUCUUAUGUCUUGGUCAACGUCGAUGCGCAGCACGAGCCUGCCAA